AUGGUAUCCUCUAUCAUCAAGUUUAUUGGCUCACCACGCGGCUAUUCGACGAUUUUCUAUGUAAUCUCUGGAAUCUCAUUCCCGAUUCAUUUGUUCGGCUCAUAUUGUAUCUUGUUCCAAACCAGUGCUACAAUGAAAUCAGUGAAAUGGACACUGUUCAACUUGCAUUUUUGGUCAGCCGCUUUAGACUUGUCAAUUAGUUUUUUGGCUCAGCCAUUUUUCUGUACACCGACCAUGGCUGCUUUCCCACUUGGCGUUCUGAGUUUAAUUGGCGUGCCUAAUGAUCUUCUGAUGUUGUCAAUAUAUACCAUUUUCAUGCUUGUCCCAGUAUCCAUCAUCUCAAUGUUCGAAAAUCGCUACUUCGUAUUAUUUGUCAACCGCGGCUGCUGGCGAUACUUCCGAUACCCCUUCCUUGUUGCAAAUUAUAUAAUUGUCAUCACUUACUGCUUCAUCAUAUACUUAGAAAUUCCUGAUCAAGAGAUUGCAAUUAAAAAACUAUUCAAAAAGUAUCCUCGAUUUUAUAACUUUGAAAUUCCUGUGUCAUCAUUUAUCGUUAUUAGUGAUGAGGACAGAUCCUGGCAAAAGUUACGACGAAUAUCAGUUAUAAGCUUUAUUCUGUUGGAGAUAAUAGUUUUUGGAAUAUUGUUACGAGUAAAAUUGAAGCUAUCAAUGAAGAAAAUUGCAUCUUCUAUAUCCAGCAAGACACUUCAAAUGCAAAAAAGAUUUAUCAAAGCAUUGAAUCUCCAGAUUGCUAUUCCACUGAUUGUUAUAUUCGUUCCCAUAAUAGCUGGUAUGAUAUUUAAAGCAUUGUCAAUUGUGAACCCUCAAGCCUUCAGUAACUUACUCAAUUUUUACUUUUCUCUUCAUGGAGUAUUAUCGACAAUUCUCAUGCUCUAUCUACAGAACCCCUAUCGUGAAGCGGUUUUGUCCAUUUUUUGCUGCCGAAAACCAGUUGAAUCAAAAAUAUUCACUACUGCAGGGAAAUUUAGCAGGAAAAGCAUGACAUGA